AUGUCUUCAACUCAAGUGGAAAAUGUCCUCGACACAGAGGAGCAGCUUCUCGCUGACCUCGAAGCGAGCAAGACCCUCCCUCUGUGGAAGCAGAUGGCGCGCCUAAAUCCUCCAGCCCCAAACCAAACAACAGUCCCAAAUGUCUGGAAGUACAGUGCCAUCAGACCUAACUUGGAGCGCGCUGGGAAGCUCGUCCUAGCGGACCAGGCUGAGCGGCGGGUGCUGAUGCUCACAAAUCCAGCUCGAGAUGCUCCCUUCACUACCGACACCCUCUACGCUGGUCUACAGCUAGUGAUGCCUAACGAGACUGCACACGCUCACCGACACACGGCAUUCGUCAUGCGUUUCAUCAUUGAAGGCCAGGGCGGUUUUACUGCUGUCCACGGCCAGCUCAUCACGAUGCAGCGGGGAGACGUCAUUCUCACCCCGACCUGGAACUACCAUGACCAUGGCAAAGAUGGGUCUGGACCUAUGGUGUGGUUGGAUGGGUUGGAUUUACCUAACUUCAGACACUUCCCUGUGCACUUCGUAGAACACUUCGAUAAGCCUCGUUAUCCUGCGGAGAAUGUUAAUAGUAAUACUUCACCGUUGGUUUUCCCAUGGGUUACCAUGAAGGCGCAGUUGGAUGGAGUUGUUGCGGAUUGGGUUACUAAGAGAUACUUGAAGGAGGAUGGUCGUAAAGUGAGUCGCGUGCUUGGAGGAUGUGCUGAGCGAAUUUCGGCAUCUAAGGCUUCGCCUUCCCGGCGCGAGACUACGUCCGCUGUAUAUCAUGUCGUGACUGGCAAGGGGCGCUCGGCUAUUGGUGAGAGGGAAUAUACCUGGGAGCAGGGUGAUACCUUCUGUGUUCCGGCGUGGUACAGAUACCAGCACUUCGCGGAUGCUGAAGAACCGGUCUAUCUGUAUCGGUUUGAUGAUAAGCCCAUGAUUGACGCUUUGGGCUUCUAUCGCUCGGACGAUAUGGACACGGAGUCCCUUGUAGACGAGUGA